AUGGAUCUGUACGACAUCCUCUCCAUCGUGCGGAUCGUGCUGGUCCUGCUGGUCGCCGUGCCGGCCCUCGUCUUCUUCGGCCGCCUCCUCCGCCAGCCGGGCUACCGCCACGACAACACCCGCCGAUGGGUCGACCUGACCAAGAUCGCAACUGGUCUUUGGGGACUAGCCCAGCUUCUGAAAGUACUCGAGCUCAUCAUCUAUGUCGCGACCUCUUUCGACCAGUACUACGCCCGGCAAGCCUACUACGUCUUCUACCACACCAGCUCCCUCCUCGACGUCUGGGCCGUCAUCGUCAUCUUCCUCGCCCUCUUCUACCUCGCCCACGCCCUGACGCAGCUCCGGACCGAGAGCCAGGAGGAGUCGGGCGCCUACCGCAAGGGCCGCCGGGUCGUCUUUUGCGUGGCCGGGCUCCUCCUCCCCCUGAACCUCGCCCGGUGGUGUCUGCACCUGGUCGACGACCUCGCGGGGGCCGACCGGAGCGUCCGCAACCGGACGGCCGGCCUCAUCGCCAACUGCUUCAGCGUCGCCAUCGCGGGGAUCCUGUUCCUAUGCGCCACCGGCUCCGUCGUCUACUCGGCCAAGUCGCGCAAGAAGUCCUUCGGCAGCCCGCUGAGAAAGGCUGGCACCCUCCUCGUUGCCUGCUCGUCGCUCUACCUCGUGCGUGAGGCCUGGCAGUUUGUUGCCUUCUUCUUCUUCGGUCUGUUUGGCGUCUUCAACCUCAUCGACGUCUUUUUGGGCUGCUGGAUGACGUUUGCCAUCUUGACCAUGCUCUACCUCUUGGGCGCCCAGCCGCAUUACUCACUCUCCAAGGUUCACUACCGGUCGAGUGCCACGACGGAUGGCCAGGCCAUUUAA